CUCUCCUCUGCCCACUCUUCUACUUCGUUAUUUUCUCUCUCUUAAAACCGCCAUUAAACUUCCUGCAACCACCUCAAUCAACUUUCUCUCUCUUCAAACCGCUACUAAUCUUCAUUAUUAAAGCUGAAUUUCCACAAAAUAUCAAGAGAAGAAAUCUGUGACUUCUUUUUACUGAAAAAAAAGAGAAAAAUGGAUGUUCGUGACGAAAUUGACAUGAACAAGCUUCAAAAUCCACCGAAAAGCAAAAAAAAAACGAAGAUGCCGAAAGAAAAAAAGGAAACGACUGGAAGAUCUAGUGAAGAGCAAAAAAUCGGGAAUGCAAAGCAACCAGACAUGAAGGAAACUGGAAAAUACGAAAUUGAGAAGGAAAUUGAAGCUGAAAAGCAAAUAGACACAUUCCAAGAACAACCACAAAGGUUAAUACUCAAAUUUAAGCGAAGACCAACUAAAUCCCAGCCAGAGGUUCAGAAAGUAUUAAGUGAAGGAGAUGGGAAGGCAUGUACAACUUCUGAGACAGAAGUUCAAAAACCAUUGAGGUAUAAUAUAAUGUCCAUUUUUUUUACUACAUUAUGCAUGUAAUAUAAAUGUUCUUUUU